AUGUCGUCUCGAGGAUCCGAGCAAAGUGUUUAUAGGGAAAAUCUUAGGACCGAACCGAUGCAAGAACCUCGAGAUGGAAACUCGGGUGCUGGAACAAGAAAUGUAGGUCAAUACUACAGGUCUAUGGCCCUUACUGAUUUUCUCAAGAGUAGUCCACCUCAGUUUAAUAGAAAUGUCAAUGCGUUGGAGGCUGAUCGGUGGUUUCGAGAUGUGGAGAAGUUUUUGUACACUCAGCACGUUCCUAAAGUAGAGCCAAUGGAAAUAGUAAUCCGCAUGUUGGAGGGAGAUGCUCAGAAAUGGUGGCAGGAGUUAUAUCAUACCUUGCAGAUGGAGUUAACAGAUAUCCCUUGGAAUAGAUUCAAGACGGAAUUUUACGGGAAAUAUUUCUUACAUCCACUUUGCACUGCAAAGGAAUUGGAGUUAAUGCAGCUAAAGCAAAAGAAUAUGUCUGUUGCUGACUAUACCCGCGAAUUCGGCAACUUGUUCCGUCUCACAAGAGUUUGUCAAGAAAAUCCAGCCGACUAUGAGGAGUGGAAGUGUGCUCUGUAUGAGAAAGAACUUAGGAGAGACAUCUUUAACUACGUGUAUCCGCAAAGGUUAACGAAUUUCACUAAACUGGUUAAGAAGAGUCAAUUCGCAGAAAAUUACUUCAUGAAGUGGGCGAAGCUACAGGAAGGUGAUAAACCCCCUUUGUAG